UUUUUAUAGUGGUGUGUGACCUAACCUUCGUCGAGAUGCCGGCGCUUAGACCGAAGUAUUUUUCUGAUGGAGUCAAAGUCGGAAUGCUCUUGAAAAAACUGCACAUAAGACCAGUUGCAAAGAUUCAGUAUACAUUUGAUCCAUUCACUGAAAAUGUAGCAUCGAUAAGGUCAGUAAUAAACUGUCUGAACACCAAAAGUGUACUUAGCUCUUCAGUGGCACUAUCAAAAAUCAAUGUACAGUCAGAUAGAUGUGAACCAAAGAUUGAUGUUGAGUUUUCUGAUGGCCAUAAGUUGAUAUUUAAAACGGAGCAUCUGAAAGCAUCGGAGAUUUUAGAAAAGUUAUUAUUUUAUUGUAACCAGAAGGACACCACACAGCCAGAGGCAGAUGUAGCUCUCACUAAAAUGUCAGGGAAGCCUAAGGGAAAGAAGAAAAAAUGAGGAAAUGAAGUCUGUGUGUUUGUGUGCAGGACUGUGAUAUAAAUAUCCUAUCUCUUUUACUAGCUACAUUUCAGUGUUGUGUACAGAACAGAGCAGAAUAUGUCUAGUGUUGGACUGGCAGUAGCAUUAGCACCUCUAAAUAUUUAAAUUUUUAUGUGCUUUUUAUAAGAAAAGUGAAAUUCACAAUGUAUAGUAAACAUUAAAUGGUUGAUAAAAAUUAUGCACACUAUUGUACCAAACUGAAACAUUUCACAGAUGGGUGUUAAAGAAUCAUUGUAGAAAUACUUUUAGCUCAUCCACAGGUCAGAUGUUGGUACAAGUAGCAAAAUAAAUGAUUAGUAUAAGAAAAAUACAAA